UCUUACUACAGAGUAACCAGCUACAUUUUUGUUGCUAUUUACUCUUAUUUUUAGAAUGUUGGAAAAUUUCAUUGGAAUGGAAAUAGUUACUCUACCCAAUAUAUUGAUUUCGUUUUUCUAGUCUAUAGUGAUCUGUGAUUUCGUUCCCUGUAAAUGUAAAUCUAUAAUUCAGUAAGUCAGUCUCAGUUGUAAAAUGUUAAAAGAACGAAAUAUAAUUGUUAUUAAAAAAUUGUAGAUGCAAAUUGUAUUUUUAUUACGCGGUUGGCGACAAAAUAUACGCAAUGAACAAAGUACACGGACAUCUAUGGUUUCCUGUAAAAUAUUUAAAUUUCCAAAAACGACUAAUCAGUUAUGUGCAAGGUCAAGAGCCUGAGCCAAAAAUUAGAGAAUAUUUCUACUAUAUUGAUCAUCAAGGGAUGUUGUUUUUAGACGAUUCAAAAAUGAAAAACUUUACUUCAUGUUUUAAAGAAAAGAAAUUUUUAGAAUUCUUUUUCAAAAGAAUAAGAUUAAAUAAAACAGGAAGAUAUCAAGAAGAAUUUCCUUACAUAUCGUUAUGUGGAAGAGAGAGAAAUUACAUAAGAUGUGAUGAUCUUCCUAUAGUGUAUACACACAUCAUAACUAAAGGAAAGCCUGCAGUAGAUUUUAUGACAUUUGGAUAUGCAGGUGAAUUACUUUUAACCCAGUUUCAACCAGACAAAGUUUACAUGCUACCUGAAACUGGUAGAGUCUACCAUCCUGCUGAUGAUAAAUAUGGUGGCAUUGGUCUGGUCAGAUCUAAACUUUCUAUAGAAAUUAGCAGAAAUUUCACUUUUAAAAAUGGGGAAUGUAAACCUCCAUCACACUUUAAUUGGAAAGGAAAAACUUAUCAACUAGAUCAGUCAUGGUUUUCAGAGAUGAUUCAAAAGCACAAUCUGAAAAUUAAUCUAUCUGUCCCUGAUACAUGAUAUUUAUUUAAUUUAGCUUAAAACUUGACUGGUUUGUCAGAAUAUCUAUAGAAUCCAAUGUAUGAUAAAUAUUCUAUGAUAAGGUAAUAAAAUAUAAUAAAAACAAUAUUUUAGUCAUUGCAAGUAUUUAUUAACAAGGUAAUAUAUUAUUAUAUUACACUUUUACUUAGAUAAAAAUAUAGUUCUUGAUAGAUGGUAGGUAACAACAUUGUUUUGUUAUAAUUUAUAUAAUUGUUAUUAAAAGUCAAAAUCCUUAUGCAAAUAAGAACAAAAUCUGUAAUGUGGAGUACAUCUACUGUUUUUUUCAUAUAUCACAGGUAUAUAGUAUGGCUAUUUGUAUAUUUUUUGUAAGUUAAAAAAUCAUGAAUUAAAAAUUAUGAUAUAAUCUAA